AAGUUCCAGCAGAAUUCCCCCCCCCCCAAUUCGGACUUUCACCUUUCCUCCCUUGCGCCGGAGACGGUUUUUUUGGGGGGGGGGGAGAGGCGGAGGAAGGAACUUUAGGAAAAGCAGCUGUUUAAGCAGAGAAAUGGGCGUGUCGGAAAGCGAGAGAAGAAGCGUCCAUAUGCAGAUGAGAGGGGCGUGGGGAGCGGAGAGCGAUUCGGGCCCCGGAAGAGCCAAAAAAAAAAAAAAAAAAAGCCCAUAUAAAAAAGUACUUGGGAACGUUUUCCGACCAGAACUAGCAAAUAGCCUAGAGGCGGAAGGGCGAGCUGGAGGAGCUCUCUGGAGAAGAGCGAAACGGGCGCGCCACGGGACAUGGCUCCAUAAAUAACUCCAAACGGGGCUGCUCCUCCAACUGCGCGAGCGAAGGAAGAAGACGCCUUGAAAAGGAAACGGUGCCUUUGUUCAUUAGUUCUGCCUGUGUCGUUUAAACACACACACACACACACACACACACACACACACACACACACACACACACACACCAUCUAUAAAUUAAGCUGGACCAUGGCAGACGACGAAAACGGUCUUAACGGCAGCUCGAACGAGGUCCCUCCGGAGCCCUGCGCGGGCAGUUGCGAGAACAGCCGCUGCAACGUGCUGACCUGGGAGCAAGUGCAACGCCUGGAUCGUAUCCUGAGCGAAACCAUCCCGAUUCACGGCCGGGGCAACUUCCCCACGCUGGAAAUGCAGCCGCGACAGAUCGUGAAGGUGGUGCGGAGCCGCCUGGAGGAGCAAGGCAUCGGCGUGCGCGAUGUGCGACUCAACGGCUCGGCGGCCAGCCACGUCUUGCACCAGGAUAGCGGCCUGGGCUACAAGGACUUGGACCUCAUCUUCUGCGCCGAUUUGAAAGGCGAGGCGGAGUUCCAGAGAGUCAAAGACGUGGUCCUGGACUGCCUCUUGGAUUUCUUGCCGGACGGGGUUAACAAAGAGAAGAUCACGCCGCUCACCCUGAAGGAAGCCUACGUACAGAAAAUGGUGAAAGUCUUCAACGAUUCAGACCGAUGGAGCCUCAUCUCAUUAUCCAACAACAGUGGCAAAAAUGUGGAGCUGAAAUUUGUGGACUCUCUGAGGAGGCAGUUUGAGUUCAGUGUAGAUUCUUUUCAGAUCAAGCUGGACUCUCUCCUCCUUUUUUACGAAUGUUCUGAAAAUCCAAUGGCUGAAACGUUUCACCCGACUAUAAUUGGGGAGAGCGUCUAUGGGGAUUUCCAAGAAGCCUUUGAUCACCUUUGUAACAAGACCAUUGCAACUAGAAAUCCAGAAGAGAUCAGGGGAGGUGGUCUCCUUAAAUACUGCAACCUCCUAGUGAGAGGCUUCAGGGCUGCCUCCGAAUCUGAGAUUAAGUCCCUCCAGAGAUAUAUGUGCUCCAGGUUUUUUAUUGAUUUCUCAGACAUUGGAGAACAGCAGCGCAAGCUGGAGUCUUACUUGCAGAACCACUUUGUGGGACUGGAGGACCGCAAGUAUGACUAUCUCAUGACCCUUCAUGGGGUGGUGAAUGAGAGCACAGUGUGCCUGAUGGGACAUGAGAGGCGACAGACUUUAAACCUGAUCACCAUGCUGGCCAUCCGGGUGCUGGCUGAGCAAAAUAUCAUCCCCAACGUGGCCAAUGUCACUUGCUACUACCAGCCAGCCCCUUAUGUAGCGGAUGCUAACUUCAGCAAUUACUAUAUUGCUCAGGUUCAGCCCAUGUUCCCCUGUCAGCAGCACACUUAUUCUACUUGGUUGCCCUGCAACUAAGCAGUUUUAAUAAGACUUGGGGAACAUGUCUUUUUCCAGCAAGCAAAUAAAGGGGGAGGGUGGUUCUCCUCUUUUAAAAGUGGGAUGUUUUUAGUGCAACGUGGUUUGCUCUUAAUUUUUUUUUUAUUUUUAUUUUUUAUUUUUUUGCUGGAGGAAAGUUCUUCUGGUUCUUCUCUCUGGUAUUAACUGAGCAUGACUUAGAAAAGAACCAAAAGCUAUUGGAUCCCACCCUAGAGUAUGCAACCUGUCUUGAAGAGCAACUAAGAUCGCCUUGAAAUAAACCUAGGAGAAAGGGUUGAUGACAAUAUGGGUUGGCAAUGCUUUGCUCCCAUAGCUAUGGCAGAGCGAGAAAAAAAAAUCUUGAAAUCAAAAAGGAACCUUAAGAAGAAGAAGCAAAAAAAAAAAAAAAAGCUAAAUAUGCUUUCAGGAAUUAAAAGUUAUAUACAGAAAUAUACAGUUAUGUUGGAAUAAGGUGUAUUUUGGAUUCUCUCUUUGGAGCAUGCAUUAUGGGUCGCCACAGAAUGUAUAGCUUGCUUGAAUAGAAUGCUUUAAGAGAAAUCGCUUGCUCCAAAAAAGAAGAGAGAUGGAGGCUGGAAGAAGGGUGGGGGUGGAAGGAUUAUGGCAAAUUUCAUUAUUUCCAGCUGUGUGCAUGCUUCACAUUUAAAAAAAAAAAUGUGGAAAGCAAGAAAACCAGCUGUAGCAAGAUUCAUAUGCUUUAGGACCAAAGAUAAAUUCUAGUAAAGACGGGAUAUGGUAGAUUAUGAAAUAUAAAUAUAUAUAUUUGUAUACACAAAUUUUAAACAGAAGUGCCUGAUUCCUUCAGAGAAUUUGAAGUGAGAAAAAUAUAGUUUUGUGGUUUAAUCUUGCAUUUUGUUUUUUUUAUCAGGGACACAAGAAACUUAAAAAAAAAAUAAGCUUGUGAAUAAAUGGUGGAGGAUAUUCCUAUUUGUUUUCCUUGCAAAUACCUAUAUAAAGGUUAUAUUGUUGGUGUUCGGCAAUCUUUGGUACAUAAUGUGUAUGUUUAUUGUUCUGUUUGUGUGCGUGUGUAUAACAUGUUAUAUGUAUAUCACAUGUUUUAAACAUGGUAGGGAAAUGUAGCAAUGUUAAGGAAUGUUUUAAAUGAGCUAUAGUGUGUGUGUGUUCCGGCCUGUAACAGGAUGUAAUGAUUGUGAGACACUUUGCAGAGAUUCCCAUAUCAGAAAAAUCUUGAUAAAAGAAAACAGGAAUCGAAUGAUAAAAGUAAUUAAUUGGCCUAUUUGUGAGCCAUAGGGUUUCAUAAUUGGACAAAACUUUUUAACUCUAAAUUAUUGUACCUUAAUAUAAUGUGGUUUGAAUGUUCAGCUUAGAAAUUCCUUGACUACAUAUCUCUGAUGGAGUAAGACACCAACUGAAAUGUGGCUCAAACAGAUGGCUCCCCUCAUUCCCAAAUAUUGUUUUACUUGGUGAUUUAAAUACUUAAUGAUUAAUAUUUCUUUUGAAAAGCAAGCAGAAUGCACUGUGCAUCCCACGACCACUAUAACUUUGUAAAUGUGAAAUGAACCAUUUGUGUUGCACGUUUGUGUGUGUGUGUGUGUGUGUGCCUACAAAUGCAUACAUACACUAUCAAACAUCUUUGAUUUGACUGCCACCCUCUAUUUUGCAGCUUAAUAUUGUGACUUAUUUAAAAGGAAUCAUUUUUACUUUCUCAAAGAAUCAAUCUACUGCAUGUUCUUCCACCCCCUUUGUGUUGAUUACUAUAUAGAAGAGUCCCUGACUUUGUUUUCUUUUUCUGCCAGCAAACUGGUUUUUAAAAGGAAAUGAAAUCUAACUUUAAUACAGAGUUAAGAGAUCUUUAAGAUAAUUAAUUAAGGAAUGUAUGUGUGGUUUUAAGGCUCUGAUGCUUUACGAAUUGUGUUGGAGCCUGGUCUGUCUGCUUUCCCCCCAUUUUUAAUGAUGUGACAUUUCCAGUACUGAUGAAGGAAGGCCACCAACACUUACAGAAUCCAAUGUUAUUUAGAUGCAUCCUUAAUCAAUGAUAAAAUGGGGUGACAUUUAUAAUAGAAGGAUUAGUAAGUUGCUAAUCAGACAAUCUAUCCUUGCCCCCCCCCCUGUAAAGCUACUGGCAAUCUAUUUUCUCUACUAGUUUUUAAAUUGUGAAAGAUUUCCCCGUAUCUACAAUAAUUUUGUGUUAGUUGAAUAGGAUCCCCCAUGUGUUUACAGUUCUCAAAGUUUGUCCUCUCUGUGAAUCCUGUGGGGAAACCAUCUUUUGUUUUUUUCUUGAAAGCACUUUCUGCUUGCCUUGGCUUCUGAUGCUUGAUAGGUAUGACUUUUUUUUUUAAAGCUUGUUUCGAUUAGUGUUUAGUUAUAAAACAAUGCUCAUAUUUGUUAAUCCACUCUCCUCUGUGGCGAAUGAAAAGAGAGGUAAACAUUUGCAUUUGAUAAAAAUCAGACUUAUCGUCUGUCUUUAAUUCCUAUGACCAUCCAGAACAGAAUAAUGAAUGAUUCCAGUCCAACUUAUGUGGAGUGGAGGGUAGGAGGUUUGGGGGGGGGGGACAGAGCCUGCAACUAUGCAAGCUCUUCCUGGUGGAAACUGAGCUGAGGGCUGGGGAAAUGGGAUCAGCUGGUAAUGUGGUUUUAUCUUUUCCUUACCGCAGUGACUUUGCUGCAAAAAAAAAUGAGUCAUAUCCACUCUUUUAAGGAUCACUGGCAGGACCUCGGCCAUAAGAAGCUGAUAAUAUAUUGCAUAUUUUCCUUUGGAGUAGUUUUUCCAUUUUUAAGAAAUCAUUAUUAGUCCAGGCAUUAUAGGUCUCCCGGCCAACACUCUGUACCAUAUUCCAUAGUUCAGAUUUUAGUUGCUGUUUACAGCAAAUGGAUGUGGUAAAAUCCUGGCAAUUGUUUUUUUCCCCCUCUACUUCAAGUGCUCAGUAAUUUUCAUUAGCCUACAGGCAUGUCCACACAUUUAUAUUGGGAAGGGGAGGGGUUGUAAUCGGUGGGGGCUUUUAAUAGAAAGUGUCUGAUGCUACUGACUGCUGGCCAAACAACUUAAAACCUGUAUUUUCCAAAAAUUAAUUUUUUGUGGGCACAUACUUAGCUCUUUCUAGGGAAUGGCAAUAUCUAUCUUCCUUUUUCAAUUUUGAUGGACUAAUAGCUUGAGGAGAAAAUGCUUAAUACUGCUUAAGAUCCUGUACUAUUUCUUCAGUAGAUUUUAAAAGUUGUUGCAGUGCUUAAUUUAAGACAUCUCAUUUAUAGCUAAAUUGAUUGGGGUUCCAGUGAAUUAUCUCUGAAUCAUGGAAGAUCUAAAUUUGUUCUGUUUCAACAGUGGCUGGAAAGAGAAAGGGAGAAUGUAAGGUUUUGUAUUCUAUUGAAUUUUAAAAGAAUAAUUUGAAUAGUGAAUAUUUUGAAAAUCUCAUUUGCCCAUAUCUGUUGUGUUGAUCGCAAAUGAUUGGAAGUGUUACUUUCAGCCCCAAAUUGUUCAGUGAAAUUGUACUGUAUAUAAUCUGUGAUAUGCACACACGAAACAAAUUCUUUGAAAGGAAACAAGCAAAAAUUAAAUGACAAUAAAAAUGCCAGCAGGAUUAUUGUUUUCAUAACUCAUUUUAUUCAAAGGCUUUAGAACUUACUUGCUGCUAGGUAUUGCACAAAGUUUCAUGCACACCUUAUAAAUGCCUAUUGUAAAAUGCUUUAUAUGCAAGUUAUAUUAUUGAAGGCUCUUAUUCAUUCAGAGAAAGCUUUAAAACAGUUUGUGGAGUUUAAAAUUGUGUAAAGGAAAAGAGACAGAGAAGGAAAUAUAUCUAAAGACAUAUUCAGCACUUUUUUCUUUUUUUUCUUUUCUUUUUUGUUUAAUUUGUUUUCGGAUGUCUUUCCAGUUUCCAUUGCAAUGGACAAAAAUCAAAUGUCAAUAUAUAAGUUUUGCUGUUUGCUAUGAUUACAACUACUUAAACUUUGGAAAGCCUACGCAUUCUACAAUGGGCUGUACAUGGCACUGAAAGCCCUUGAAGUCAAUUCCAUUCUCCCAAAUUCUACAGAAUUCUGAACUUGUAGUCUUCAGCAACGCAUCCUGUUACAUCCAACUAUUCCUCCUGCUAUGGGAAUUUGUUGACUCUGGGUUUGGUUGGAGGUUUAACCAAGUAAAGGCUGGAAAACAGACCCUUUUAAGUAACAAAAGCAUUUGCUUCUGGGCUAGAGGAAACAGAUUGUGAAUUUUGUUUACAGAAUCCAAUAUUUGGAAUAUUUGUAAAUAAAAAUGUUAUUUUUUCUAUUUA